ACAAGUCAUGAAUACAGCUACAUUGAAUGCCUCAACAACCACCUUGGGACAUGAGGCAACCACAACUAAUAACACCAUAUGGGUGUGUGAACGCUUCACAAGGGCUGCAAGGUCAAGAGGAAUAUUCUUCAGUGAUAGCCCUUUGUCUUACACAAUGCCAGUGCUUAUUCUUCAAACCUCCGUUGUUGCAUUGAUCACCACAACCUUACAACUCCUAUUAACCCCCUUUGGCCAAAGUAGUUUUGUUCCCCAGAUGCUGGGAGGAUUAGCACUAGGACCAUCCAUCCUGGGACAAAUCGGUGUGGUUCAAAAGUAUCUGUUCCCACCAAGAACCUUCUACGUGAGCGAGACCAUCGCCUUUUUCGGCAGCAUGAUAUUCAUGUUCCUCAUAGGAGUCAAAAUAGACCUAACCUCAAUAGUCACAACGGGUAAAAAGACGUGGGCAAUUGCACUCUCUUGUUUCGUAUUCCCCAUCGUUUUCACCGCAGUAACCGCCCUCACACUCCGCGCACUAUUCCUGCUCCCUCAAGAAAACCUCUACACUUCCAUCUUCUACGUCUGUUUCUACUUAUCAAGCUGUUCAUUCCACUCCACAGCAAGCCACCUCGCAGAUCUCAAGCUCUUGAACUCUGAGCUUGGCCGUUUGGCCGUUUCUUCCUCGAUGAUUUCUGGAACAAUCUCUGCUGUUUUGAUAACUUCAGUUUUCUCACACCAUGGUUUGAGGAAGGGCUCUAGGUCGUUGCAAAUGGCGUCGCUUUCGUUCCUUUUCUUGGUGGCUGUCAUAGUUUUUGUUUGUAGGCCCAUUAUAAUGUGGAUGAUAAGGCGAACCCCGGAAGGAAAGCCCAUUAAGGAAGCCUACAUAAUUACGAUUUUCGUAAUGAUGUUGUUAUCUGCGUUGUUUAGUGAGCUUAUUGGGGGGCAUUUUAUGACUGGGCCUAUACUUUUGGGCCUUGCUGUGCCUGAUGGGCCGCCUUUGGGCUCAGCGUUGAGUGAGAAGCUGGAUGCUUUGGUUUCGGCGGUGUUCUUGCCGUUGUAUUUUCUUUUCAGUGGGGCAAGGUUUAAUUCCUUUGCACUUGAUGCAACGAGCUUUGCGGUUGUGCAGGUUUUGGCUAUAAGUAGCUUCCUUGGGAAGAUUUUUGGAGCAAUGUUGCCUUCGCUUUAUUGCAAGAUGUCUGUCACUGAUUCUCUUUCCUUAGGUCUUAUCAUGAGUGCACAGGGCAUCACUCAAAUGCUCUACUUGCAAGGUUCUAUGUACCUCAAGAUUAUAGAUACGGAAACAUAUGGCAAUGUGGUGAUAUCAAUGAUAUGGUUAACCGGAGCAACCACACCUUUAGUGAAAUUCCUAUAUGACCCUUCGAAGAGGUACUUAGCCAUAAACCGAAGAAGAACCAUUGAACAUGCAUCUCCAGACGUGGAACUCCUCCUCAUGGCAUGCCUUCACAACGAAGAAAACACACCAUCCAUGAUCAACAUUCUCGACAUGUCAAAUCCAACGGAACAAAGCCCCAUUUGCUUCUACGUCCUUCAUCUCAUUCAAUUAACCGGAAGAGCAACACCGCUCUUCAUAGACCACCAAUCCACUAGCAGCAAAACAAAUUCCCUAUACUCCAACCAUUCUCAACACAUCAUCAACGCUUUCAGAUCUUACGAGCAGCAAAAUGUCGACAAACUUGUCGUCAAUCUCUUCUCAUCCAUUUCUCCUUAUGAAACAAUGCAUGACGAGGUUUGCAUGCAAGCCGCGGAGAAAAGGGUCUCUAUGUUGAUCGUCCCAUUUCACAGGCAAUGGAGUUCCAACGGUGUAGUAACUGAAUCAGCGCAUCCGAUUAGGGCAUUCAACCGUCAAAUAUUGAGAACUGCGCCUUGUUCGGUAGGAAUACUGGUUGAUCGUGGAACUUUGAGCAAGAGCAAUUAUUUAACGUCUGCUUCGUUCUAUAGCGUCGGGGUCUUGUUCAUAGAAGGCUCCGACGAUCGCGAAGCGUUGGUUUACGCGAUGCGCAUGGCGGAUCAUCCUAAUGUGAGUGUUACAGUGGUUAGGUUAAUAGAGCCAAGAAGAAAAAGUAGGAACUUAAUGAUGAGAGAUCCAGAUGGGGAUUUAAUUCAUAAGUUUAAAGUAGAGCACUGCAUUCAAAUCAAAAGACAUGACUAUAGAGAAGAAGUGGUGAGGGAUAGUGUUGAGAUGAUUAGUGCGAUUAAGUCUUUGAAUGGUUGCUUUGAUUUGAUUAUGGUGGGUAGGCGCCAUGCGAAUGGUGAAUCUUCAUCGUUGUUUAAUGGAAUGAAUGAGUGGAAUGAGUAUCCUGAACUUGGUGUUGUAGGGGACAUGCUUGUUUCUUCGGAUUCUAGUUAUGAUGGUUCUGUUAUGGUGGUGCAGCAACAAAUGUUAGGGUUUGGUGGUGGUGGUUAUCAUCAUCCUGAUUUUCAUAUGGAUUCCAAUAAUGGUCCUAUGAACCAUCAUCCUAGGCAAGAAAGACCCCCGAAUGUUGUGGAAGUGCCACGUGAUACAAGGGUGUGGCCAAUGGUAUGAUUAACCAUAUUGGAUAUUGAAGAUUUAUCAACAACAUAUAGAUUUUAGAAUUUAGACCCGUAAAACAAUUUUAGAAAAGGAAAUCAUUCUUGUACAUAUGUAUAUAUUAUCAAUUUAAUUUUGA